GACCACAAUCAUGACGGACUCCAAAUAUUUCACGACAAACAAAAAAGGGGAGAUCUUUGAACUGAAGGCGGAGCUGAACAAUGAGAAGAAGGAGAAGAGAAAAGAGGCAGUAAAGAAAGUCAUCGCUGCCAUGACUGUUGGCAAGGAUGUCAGCUCUUUGUUUCCAGAUGUGGUCAACUGCAUGCAGACCGACAACCUGGAGCUGAAGAAGUUGGUGUAUCUCUACUUGAUGAACUACGCCAAGAGCCAGCCGGACAUGGCCAUCAUGGCCGUCAACAGCUUCGUCAAGGACUGUGAGGACCCCAACCCUCUGAUCCGUGCUCUGGCCGUCCGCACCAUGGGCUGCAUCCGUGUGGACAAGAUCACCGAGUACCUGUGUGAGCCGCUGAGGAAAUGCCUGAAGGAUGAAGACCCGUACGUGAGGAAGACGGCCGCUGUGUGCGUGGCUAAGCUUCAUGACAUCAAUGCCCAGAUGGUGGAGGACCAAGGCUUCCUGGACUCCCUGAGAGAUCUGAUCGCUGACUCAAAUCCUAUGGUUGUGGCCAAUGCAGUCGCUGCCCUGUCGGAGAUCAGUGAGUCUCACCCCAACAGCAACCUGCUGGACCUCAACCCCCAGAACAUCAACAAGCUGCUGACGGCCCUCAACGAGUGCACAGAGUGGGGACAGAUCUUCAUCCUGGACUGCCUGUCCAACUACAACCCCAAAGAUGAGCGUGAGGCCCAAAGCAUCUGCGAGCGCGUCACUCCCCGGCUGUCUCACGCCAACUCCGCGGUGGUUCUGUCGGCCGUCAAGGUGCUGAUGAAGUUCUUGGAGCUGCUGCCGAAGGACUCCGACUACUACAACACCUUGCUGAAGAAGUUAUCUCCACCUCUGGUCACCUUGCUCUCCGGAGAGCCUGAGGUCCAGUACGUGGCUCUGAGGAACAUCAACCUCAUCGUCCAGAAAAGGCCCGAGAUCCUGAAGCAGGAGAUCAAAGUGUUCUUCGUCAAGUACAACGACCCGAUCUAUGUGAAACUGGAGAAACUGGACAUCAUGAUCCGCUUGGCUUCUCAGGCCAACAUCGCUCAGGUGCUGGCUGAGCUGAAGGAGUACGCAACAGAGGUGGAUGUUGAUUUCGUGCGUAAGGCUGUACGAGCCAUCGGACGCUGCGCCAUCAAAGUGGAGCAAUCAGCUGAGCGCUGCGUCAGCACUCUGCUGGACCUGAUCCAGACCAAGGUGAACUAUGUUGUUCAGGAGGCUAUCGUCGUCAUCAGGGACAUCUUCCGCAAAUACCCCAACAAGUAUGAAAGCAUCAUCGCCACACUUUGCGAGAACCUGGACUCUCUGGACGAGCCCGAUGCACGUGCCGCCAUGAUCUGGAUCGUUGGCGAGUACGCUGAGAGGAUCGACAACGCUGACGAGCUGCUGGAGAGCUUCCUCGAGGGCUUCCACGAUGAAAGCACCCAGGUCCAGCUCACUCUGCUGACUGCCAUCGUCAAACUCUUCCUGAAGAAGCCGACGGAGACUCAGGAGUUGGUGCAGCAGGUCCUCAGCUUGGCCACUCAGGACUCUGACAACCCCGACCUGCGUGACAGGGGCUACAUCUACUGGCGCCUGCUGUCCACCGACCCGGUGACCGCCAAGGAGGUGGUGCUGUCAGAAAAGCCCCUGAUCUCAGAGGAGACGGAUCUGAUCGAGCCCACUCUGCUGGACGAGCUGAUCUGCCACAUCGGCUCCUUGGCUUCCGUCUAUCACAAACCGCCCAGCGCCUUUGUGGAGGGAAGCCAUGGGAUCCACCGGAAACAUCUUCCUGUCCAGCACAGCAGUACUUCGGUUUUCUCCCACCACAGCAUCGAUACUGGUGAGAGCCCAGUGAGCGGUGGACCAGCGGCCGCCAUGGAUCAGCCACACGUCAUCCCGAGCCAGGGAGACCUGCUGGGUGACCUGCUCAACCUGGACCUGGGUCCUCCGGUCAACGUGCCCCAGGUCUCCUCCAUGCAGAUGGGUGCAGUGGAUCUGCUGGGUGGAGGUCUGGACAGCUUGCUGGGGGGAGACCUGGGCGGAGGUGUUGGGGGAAGUCCAGCAGUGGGACAGAACUUCAUCCCGUCGUCUGUGCCCAGUACUUUCGCUCCGUCACCAACACCCGCACCUCCGGCUGUCAGCAGCGGCCUCAACGAUUUGUUUGAGCUUUCCACAGGAAUGGCUAUCACUACCGGAGGCUACGUUGCCCCAAAAGCAGUGUGGCUGCCUGCAGUGAAAGCUAAAGGUUUGGAGAUCUCUGGAACUUUCUCUCGCCGUCAGGGUCACAUGUACAUGGACAUGAGCUUCACCAAUAAAGCCCUGCAACACAUGACCGACUUCGCUGUCCAGUUCAACAAGAACAGUUUCGGGAUGAUUCCCACCAGUCCUCUACCUGUUCACACUCCGCUGAUGCCCAGCCAGAACAUCGAGGUCUCUUUGCCGAUCAACACCAUCGGGCCGGUCAUGAAGAUGGAGCCGCUCAAUAAUCUUCAGGUUGCUGUGAAGAACAACAUCGACGUUUUCUACUUCAGCGUACUCAUCCCUCUCAACAUAUUCUUCGUCGAGGAUGGAAAAAUGGAGCGACAGGUGUUCCUCGCUACCUGGAAAGACAUUCCUAAUGAAAAUGAGCUUCAGUACCAGAUAAAGGAAUGCCACCUCAAUGCAGACACAGUAUCAGGGAAGUUGCAGAAUAACAACAUCUACACCAUUGCAAAGAGGAACGUAGAAGGCCAGGAUAUGCUCUACCAGUCCCUCAAACUAACCAACGGUAUCUGGAUCCUGGCCGAGCUACGCAUUCAACCGGGAAACCCCAACUACACGCUCUCUCUCAAGUGUCGGGCCCCCGAGGUUUCUCAGUACGUGUACCAGAUGUACGACUCCGUGCUGAAGAACUGACCUGCUGUACCACUUUUAGCGUCUACUGCUUCAUCAUCCUGACGACAAACGGCAGUGUUUUAUCAUUUAUAUCUUUCACCUGCGGAAAAAAACUGCCAAAACAAAGGAAUCCAAACAGCAAAAAGCAGGUUUACUGAAUAAUAAGACUUAAUCCCCUCCUAGAGAUUAAUAACAAAAACAUUGUGGGUGACCCUUUGUGUGUUAUUGUUUGACGAACAUCAUGACAACACAACAUUAAUGCUUCCUUUAUUUUGGCAGUUUUAAGCAUUAUUAUUGAAACUCUCCAUUUUAAUUUUUUUACCUCCCAGUGAAAAAAAAAACGUGUUUAUCAUUCCAUCCUUAACUUUUAGUGUCUUAAUGUUGUUAAGAUGUGACUGAUGGUUAAAAAAAAAAAAAAAAAAAACUGUCCUGAAUGAGGGAAAAAAAUAUAUCUUUCCCUUGUUGUCUGUGAAGCCAUUGCUUUUUUUUUUUUUUUUUCUUCUUCUUCUUUCUUCUUCUUCUUUAAAUUUUAUAUACUGUACGCGGCUCACUCCUCUUUUCAAGUUCAUCAAUUUAUUUUUGAUACUGGCUUUUGCUUCACUCGUACCUGCAGGAUAAAACAGUAUUGAUUUGUUCCUUUUUUGCCACUAGUCUGUGUGUGUGUGUGUGUGUGUGUGUGUGUGUGUGUGUGUGUGUGUGUGUGUGUGUGUGUGUGUGUGUGUGUGUGUGUGUGUGUGUGUGUGUGUGUGUGUGUGUGUGUGUGUGUGUGUGUGUGUGUGUGUGUGUGUGUGUGUGUGCGUGCGUGUGUCAGAAGCUGCCGAUGCCAUUUCUACAGCAGGUUUGCCUCCCGGAGGAUCAUUUAAAAAAAAAAAAAUACAACAUUCAACGACUUUUAAAGACGUACUAAAGUGACCACAGAUAACAAAUGUUUUAGUUUUUUUUGCUGUAAUAACAAACUAUAACACAGCUUCUUUUAAUUCUUAUAAUUAAUGUGACUAAUACAAAAAGUUUCCGUCUUAAAAAAUACAAUUUAAAAAAAAAAAGCUGCACAAAGGUAAAAAUGCAGAUGAGAGAUUAAACAUUAGUUUUAAUUACUUCUAAAUCUAAAUGAUGGCAUUUCAUUGCUGCUUCCCAACCUGUGAUUUUUUUUAUAUUUCUCUCAUGAAUGUAUUUCUUUAAUCGGUGCAUACUGUGAUUUUAUUUGUUGUUGUUGUUUUUUUCAUGUUGUCUACCUGGAUCAGUAGAGGCAUCUUAAUGUUGGAUGGCAGCAAAGCGCUAGAAGCUCUAGGUUUACACUACUGGCGAUAAAACACUCCACACUGUUUUUUUCUUUUUUCACUGCAGCUAUAAUAAAUGUCUUAAUAUGUCAUUUUUUAGAUGUUUUAUUAACGGCCAAAUUACCAAAAAAAGCACAUUAAAAAUUUUAGAUAAUGUUAAAACUAUUUAACACAUUCAGUGAAGUUAGUUUCAGGUUGCAAACGGUUAAGGAACAGGAAGUAAAGAAGCGUCCGACUAGUACGAGGACAUUUUAUGGGCUAAAAAGCUUCAAAUUUGUUGGUUAAUUUUGCAAAAGUUCGCCAUUAUUUCAACUUGAAAGCCUUUCAAUCAUUAGUUUUGGAACCACUACACAAACUACAGUUUAUAGCAGCUAUUGAUUAUGUGUCCACACACCAAUGCCACUUCUCUUUCCAAUGGCCCCAUUUAUUGCAGCCACAUAGUCGUGUAGAUGGCUUUAUACACAUAUAUUGUCAUUUCCUUAUUUAUUGUGCAUCUACCUCUGUGUGUGUUUCCUUUUUUUUUUAACUUGGCUUUAUUGUUGCAGUAGUUUCCACUCUGUAAUACGCUUUAAAUGUUUUAUCUUUUUGAUGCAGCUGUAUUUGUUUUUUAUUUUAAAAUCUUUAAUGCCAUUGUUGUAGAGCCAAUUUAAAAACCUGUGGCACGGCAGCCGAACCAAACUUUACAGGACCAAGUAUCUCACACAAAUGUUGCUGAUUUAAAAUGCCAAUUUUUUUAUGUUUUUAAAUACACUAGUGUCAAUAUAACCCUCUAGUGUUGGCGUUGUGUGUGUGUGCUGUAGAGCAUUGGAGUGUGCAUAUGCAUUGAGGCCCAGAGUCGCCCCUCGUCCAAUGUAGUCCAGUGAUGGUGUAGUUUGUGUAGGUAAUAAAAAAUUAAAAUGUAUUGGUAUAAUAACCCUGAUAAUGAAAUUGAAAUAGCUAAUUUCAGCGUAUCAAUCGUGUUGGUGACACUAUUUUCAUACUCCAUGUUAAACUACAUUUAUGUGCCUGCAUGAGCCCACUGUCCUUUUUAUUCCUUUCUCAUUUAGGCUGUGGAUUUACACCCUCUUUAAAAAAAAAACGUUAUUAUAAUAUCUCUCAAUUCAUGUCUCUAUUGUAGGUGUCUUCUUUUUCUUUUUUUCUUUUUUUUUAAAGCAGCAUUGUCUUUGCACUCCCACAAACAUAAAACAAACGUAUAUAUAUAUCCAUAAUUGUUGCCAGCAAUACAGAAUGUAUGGAGAGCGCUUUCAUUGCAAUCUUAUGAAAUUGAGUAUUUCUAACAUCUGUUGCUGUAACCCUAUUGUAAAUGAUUUGUUAUUGCAAAAACCUGUCACAGUACCACAUCUUAUGUCAA